AUGUCUACCACUGCGUUCAUAAACCUGCGUACUACACGAUCAUUUACGCCUCGUCUACGUCCUCAAACAGUGAGACCUUUGGCGCAGAUUCGAGGCAAAGCGACCGCGCCUUUUCGCCUCCCCGAUCCCCGCAAUGAGCCGAACCCGCUAUACAAGAAGGGCUCCGAGGAACGGGCCAAGUUAGAAGAGGCUUUGAUCAAGCUGCGGUCUCAACUGCCAGUCCGGAGUGACAUCUUCUACAAUGGCCAAGUCCAGCAGAGCUCGAAGUCCUGGGACCAAGUCCUACCCGCAGAGCAUGCGACUACUUUCACCAACUAUCCACUUGCCACAAAGGAGCAGGUCUCCGCUGCAAUUCAAUCUGCUCUUGACGCAAAGAAGGACUGGGAGGAAACUCCGUUCGUUGACCGAGCUUCAAUCUUCCUGAAGGCGGCGGAGUUGGUUACUGGAAAAUAUCGGUAUGAAUUGAUUGCGGCCACUAUGCUGGGCCAGGGAAAGAACAUCUGGCAAGGAGAGAUUGAUGCCGCUGCGGAAUUGGCCGACUUCUUCCGUCUGAACUGCAACUAUGGAGCUGAGAUACUGGAGAGGCAACCCACCCGCGGCAGCGAUGGCAUGUGGAGUCGUGUGGAAUACCGGCCCCUCGAAGGAUUUGUCUACGCAGUCUCCCCGUUCAACUUCACUGCCAUCGGUGGAAAUUUGAUUGCUGGUCCUGCUCUCAUGGGUAAUGUUGUUCUCUGGAAGCCCUCGCCUUCCAAUGUCUAUGCGAGCAGCAUCGUCUACAAGAUUCUUCUGGAGGCAGGUCUGCCUCCCAACGUCAUCCAAUUCGUGACUGGCGACCCUGAAACUAUCAAUGAAGUUGUCCUGUCACACCGCGACUUUGCUGCCCUGAACUUUAUUGGUUCAUCUGAUGUCUUCCGCUCUCUGUACGGUAAGAUCGGUGAGGGAGUUGCAAAGAAGUCAUACCGCGAGUUCCCUCGCUUUGUCGCUGAGACCAGUGGAAAGAACUUCCAUCUGGUUCACCCAAGCGCCGACAUCCCCAGCGCAGUGAACCACACGAUUCGCGGUUCGUUCGAGUACCAGGGACAGAAGUGCUCUGCAACUUCUCGUCUUUACCUUCCCGAAUCUCGUGCAGAGGAGUUCAUUACUGCUUUGAAGGCAGGUGUUAAAAAUAUCACCAUCGGAAAUCCUGAUAAAAACCUCGAGGCCUUCAUGGGCCCUGUUAUCCACCGCCGAUCCUUCGACAAAAUCAAGUCAAUCAUUGACAAGAGCAACAAAGACCCCUCUGUUAAGGUGAUUGCCGGUGGAACCUACGACGACUCGGUCGGUUUCUAUGUGAACCCGACUGUUUACCAGGUGGACUCUCCUGACCACGAACUCUUCAACGAAGAGAUCUUUGGUCCUGUACUUGCUUUGCACAUUUACCCUGAUGCCGAGUGGUCUUCCACUCUAAAGAAGGUGGACCAGGGCGGUGGUGGAUUGGCUCUGACCGGUGCGGUCUUCGCUCAGGACCGCCGAGCCAUCCGCGAGGCUGAGGAUGCGCUCCGCUACUCCGCCGGUAACUUCUAUAUCAACUGCAAGACUACCGCAGCUCUCAUUGGGCAACAGUCAUUUGGCGGCGCUCGCGCCAGCGGUACCAACGACAAGGCUGGCAGCUCCGAUGUUGUCCGCCGGUUCACCAGCCCCCGUUUGAUCAAGGAGGAGUUUUUCCCACAAACAGGAUUCACUUAUCCUAGCAACCACUAG